AUGAAGAUGACGAGGUGCUCCCUACUCACGUUGAUCCUCUUGAUAUUAUGUAUCCAACCAGUGCAGAGUUUGUUUCAGCCUGCCAAGCACAACCAGCUGCAGUACAACCAACAUGAUCUAUUGGCAAUAUCGUUGCCACGUGGCGGUGGGAUGAUUCCAGCAGGGUACAAUCCCUUUGGCUACAAGAUUACCGAGUUGGGAGAGCAAUUCUUAUCCUAUGAUGGAUCGCUGGAAUCCGAUGUUGGUCGGGUUUUGGCCAGUCUGAAAUCAUCGCGCAAGACGUUUAGCACACUCAAGGACCAAUGGCUUGAGGUGUUGAGGGUCUCCAAGUCGGGGCAAAACAUGAGAAUCUAUCGGCUGCUUCGAGAAUUGGUCGACUUUUGUUUGGCCGCAGGGUUGGUAGAUUAG